CUCCCUCCCGGGCGGGCCGGGCGCUGCGGCGGCGGCGAAGCGGGGACUGUGCCUCCCGGGCCGGCUGCCGGGCGCCCGGGGGAGGCCGCGGAUCCCCGCCGGGCCAUGGUCCAGUCGCGCCGGACCUGGCACCCGGGAGCCCCGCCCGCGCUGCGCGGCCCCUGGAGAGUGGGCCGGGCCCCGGAGGAGCCGGCGCUGCGGGGGAUGGCCCGCCCCGCCCCAGCCAGCCCGGCCGCCCGCCCUUUCGCACACACCGGCCCGGGGAGGCUGAGAACUGGGCGAGGGAAGGACACCCCGGCCGGCGGCGGCCAUGAGGACCCCGGAGCCCGCAGCGGGGCCCGCCCAGCCCUAGCCCAGUGCCGGGCCCUCAGCGUGGACCGCGCCGGCCCCGGGAGCCCCCGCCGGCUCUACCUGAGCGUGCAGCAGGCCCAGCAGGACAAGGGGUGCAAGCACAGGAGUCAGGGGCCGAGAGAAGAGAAGCUGCUGAAGAGGCAGGCGCCGGCCCCCGGGCGGGACCGGGAGGCCCAGGACGCAGGCGGCGGCGGCGGCACCAUGAAUGUAGAGAAAGCAGGUGGGCGGCUCUUUGGCAGCGGGAGGUGCUCGAGCCUGGCGGGGCCGCCAGGCGCGGACCCCGUGGUGCAUAGGAUGGUGGAGGCCAUGGCCCGGCUGCAGGAGGACAAGGCCCGGCUGCAGGAGGAGCUGGCGGCCCUGCGGGAGAGGCUGGCCCUCCGGGACGGUGACCAGCAAGCCGCCUCCGCCCAGCUGCAGAACCAGGUGGAGAGCCUGAAGGAGAAGCUCAUCAGCCAGGCCCAGGAAGUGAGCCGCCUCCGGUCGGAGCUGGGAGGCACGGACCUGGAGAAGCACCGGGACCUGCUGAUGGUGGAGAAUGAGCGCCUGAGGCAGGAGAUGCGGCGCUGCGAGGCAGAGCUGCAGGAGCUGCGCGCGAAGCCGGCGGCGGCCCCCUGCGCGGGCUGCGAGCACAGCCAGGAGAGCGCCCAGCUCCGGGACCGGCUGGCGCAGCUGCAGCUGGAGGCGGCGGAGAACAAGAGCCUGCUGUCCGAGCUGAACCUGGAGGUGCAGCAGAAGAGGGACCGGCUGGCCGAGGUGGAGCUGCGGCUCAAGGACUGCCUGGCCGAGAAGGCGCAGGAGGAGGAGCGGCUCAGCCGGCGCCUGCGCGACAGCCAUGAGACCAUCGCCAGCCUGCGGGCCCAGUCGCCGCCCAUCAAGUACGUCAUCAAGACGGUGGAGGUGGAGUCGUCCAAGACCAAGCAGGCCCUCAGCGAGUCCCAGACCCGGAACCAGCAGCUGCAGGAGCAGGUGGCCAUGCAGAGGCAGGUGCUGAAGGAGAUGGAGCAGCAGCUGCAGAGCUCGCACCAGCUGACGGCUCAGCUGCGGGCACAGAUCGCCAUGUACGAGGCAGAGCUGGAGCGGGCGCACGGGCAGAUGCUGGAGGAGAUGCAGUCCCUGGAGGAGGACAAGAACCGGGCCAUCGAGGAGGCCUUUGCCCGGGCCCAGGUGGAGAUGAAGGCCGUGCACGAGAACCUGGCAGGCGUCCGGACCAACCUGCUGACGCUGCAGCCGGCGCUGCGGACACUCACCCAGGACUACAACAGCCUCAAGCGGCAGGUGCGCGGCUUCCCGCUGCUGCUGCAGGAGGCGCUCAGGGGCGUCAAGGCCGAGAUCGGCCAGGCCAUCGAGGAGGUGAACAGCAACAACCAGGAGCUGCUGCGCAAGUACCGCCGGGAGCUGCAGCUGCGCAAGAAGUGCCACAACGAGCUGGUGCGGCUGAAAGGCAACAUCCGGGUGAUCGCGCGUGUCCGGCCGGUCACCAAAGAGGACGGGGAAGGGCCGGAGGCCACCAACGCGGUGACCUUCGACCCCGACGAUGACUCCAUCAUCCACCUGCUGCACAAAGGGAAGCCCGUGUCCUUUGAGCUCGACAAGGUCUUCUCCCCGAGGGCCUCGCAGCAGGACGUCUUCCAGGAGGUGCAGGCCCUGAUCACCUCCUGCAUCGACGGGUUCAACGUCUGCAUCUUCGCCUACGGCCAGACGGGUGCUGGCAAGACGUACACGAUGGAGGGAACCCCCGAGAACCCGGGCAUCAACCAGCGGGCCCUGCAGCUGCUCUUCUCCGAGGUGCAGGAGAAGGCCUCCGACUGGCAGUUCACCAUCACCGUCAGCGCCGCCGAGAUCUACAACGAGGCCCUCAGGGACCUGCUGGGGCAGGAGCCCCAGGAGAAGCUGGAGAUCCGGCUGUGCCCCGACGGCAGUGGGCAGCUGUAUGUGCCAGGGCUGACGGAGUUCCGGGUGCAGAGCGUGGACGACAUCAACAAGGUGUUCGAGUUCGGCCACACCAACCGCACCACGGAGUUCACCAACCUGAACGAGCACAGCUCCCGCUCGCACGCCCUGCUCAUCGUGACGGUGCGCGGCGUGGACUGCAGCACCGGCCUCCGCACCACGGGGAAGCUGAACCUGGUGGACCUGGCCGGCUCCGAGCGCGUGGGCAAGUCGGGGGCCGAGGGCAGCCGCCUGCGGGAGGCGCAGCACAUCAACCGGUCGCUGUCGGCGCUGGGGGACGUCAUCGCCGCGCUGCGGUCCCGCCAGGGCCACGUGCCCUUCCGCAACUCCAAGCUCACCUACCUCCUGCAGGACUCGCUCAGCGGCGACAGCAAGACCCUCAUGGUGGUGCAGGUGUCCCCCGUGGAGAAGAACACCAGCGAGACCCUCUACUCCCUCAAGUUUGCUGAGAGGGUGCGCUCCGUGGAGCUGGGCCCCGGGUCCCGCAGGGCAGAGCUGGGGUCAUGGUCCAGCCAAGAGCAUCUGGAGUGGGAGCCGGCCUGCCAGGCGCCGCCGGCCGCGGCCCGGGCCCACUCGGCCCCCGGCUCCGGGACCUCCAGCCGCCCUGGCUCCAUCCGGCGGAGGCUGCAGCCCUCAGGGAAGUCCAGGCCGCUGCCUGUGUGAUGGACGUGUCCGCCCUGCGUGUCAGGGGCUCGGUCCCGGGGCCUCACGGGCCUGCUCCCGCCGCAGCCAGGAGCCUGGGAGGCGGAGGCCGGAGGAGGCUCCUCCUGUGUCUCCCGAGAUGAGAAACAUGUUCCGAAGGAAACGGUGUCUCGGCUGUGCUGUUGGUGCCAACGACGUGGGCUGGAAGGGCAGGGCCGGCCCGCUCCACCUGGCAGGCCCAGACCCCCCGAGAGCGGUCCCUCAUGGGGAGGGCAGCAGUGCUGGGAGGUGGCCUGGCCCGGGCUGGCCCGCCUCUCCCAGCCUGCAGGGCACCCUCUACGGGGAUGACUGAGCAGCCCCCGGGAGGCACAGGGACUGUCGUCAGGCUGGGUGGUGGGCACCCUGGGGCAGUUCUCCAGGGCCACACCGGGCCUGGGAAUAGUGUUCGUUGUGUACAUAGCGCGACCGGCGGGUUAUUUAUGGCUGGCGGGAGGCCAGGGGGCGGGGACUCUGCCUCACCCACCCGCCUGGCACCAGACUCUCCUCGCUCACUGGCCUCCUGACCAUAGCUCCUCUGAAAGCCUAUUUAAGAACCUUUGGAAGCUUAGCCAUUUUUAAUAUUAAAAUAAAAGCCUUUUUACACA